AUGGAGGAAGUGUCUUCUAUGACACUCAGUGAGGAAUGCUCUGCUCUACUACGCAACAAACUCCCCAAAAAGGAAAAAGAUUCAGGGGGAUUCAUUGUCCCUUGCACAAUCAAGGGUUUGGUUGAUGAGAAAGCCCUUGCAAACCUCGAGGCAAGCAUUAACCUCAUGCCUUAUAAAAUUUUUCAAAAGCUAGGGCUUGGGGAACCGAAACCCACCAACAUGACCUUGCAAUUGGCAGACAGAUCGACCAGACGGCUGAGGGGCAUAAUUGAAGAUGUUUUGGUCAAAGUGGAUAAGUUUAUCUUCUUGGUGGAUUUUAUCAUUUUAGAUGUUGAUGAUAAGGUUGAAGUUACUUUAAUAUUAGGAUGGCCAUUCUUAGCAACUUCCAAGGCUCUUAUUGAUGUCAAGGAUGCCGAAUGUCACUUCGAGUUGGCGAUGAAGAAACCACCUUCAGACUUUGUGACUCCAUGA